AUGAAUGAGUCAACUCCACCUCAGAUAGGUGGCAUCCCUUGCCCACCUUUUUUGCCGCAUCUUGCUGUUUAUCCAGGACCUUAUCCUUUACCAGCAUUUGGUUCUUCUCUUCCUUCUGGUCCCGUAUCUGAUUCUCAACCAGUUGGUGUUACUUCUUUGGGAACUGCAGAUAAUAGGAAACCUGCUCAAGAUGUUGGCAAUAAGGAUGGUUCUGCUGUAGGCGAACAAUUAGAUGCUUGGACUGCCCACAAGACUGAAAGUGGAAUUGUCUACUACUAUAAUGCGUUGACAAGACAAUCAACAUAUGAAAAACCACCUGAUUUUAAGGGAGAGCCUGAUAAGGUUCCUGUGCAGCCAACACCAGUUUCAAUGGAGUGUUUGUCUGGGAGUGAUUGGGCUUUAGUCACCACAAACGAUGGGAAAAAGUAUUAUUUCAAUAGUAAGACGAAGAUAAGCAGCUGGCAGGUCCCCAACGAGGUUACGGAUUUGAGAAAGAAGCAGGGUAAUGAGAUAUUCAGAGAGCACUCGUUGUCUGUGCCAAAUGUUGAUCCAGUGACUGAAAAAGGAUCUGCUUCGACAAGUUUGAGUACUCCUGCUAUUAAUACAGGUGGGCGUGAUGCCAUAGCUAUUAGAACCUCAGGUCCACCUGGAUCUUCGUCAGCAUUGGUUGUAAAGAAGAAGUUGCAGGACCCUGGAGCUCCUGCAACUUCCUUGCCUGCUCCAGUUUCAUCAGUGGCAGCAUCAGAAGUAAAUGGCUCAAAAGUAGUUGAGCUCGCAAAAGGCUUGCAAAGUGAAAAUAGCAAAGAUAAGCUAAAAGAUACAACAGGAGAUGGUAACAUGUCUGAUUCUUCUUCAGACUCUGAGGAUGCAGACAGUGGACCAACAAAAGAAGAGUGUAUCAUCCAAUUUAAGGAGAUGCUUAAGGAGCGAGGAAUUGCACCAUUCUCAAAAUGGGAGAAGGAAUUGCCAAAGAUAGUUUUUGAUCCUCGCUUUAAGGCAAUUCCAAGUCAUUCUGCUCGAAGGUCGAUAUUUGAACAUUAUGUUAAGACACGUGCUGAGGAGAAACGCAAAGAAAAACGGGCUGCUCAGAAGGCUGCAAUUGAGGGAUUCAAGCAGUUACUGGAUGAAGCAUUUAAGGAUAUUGAUCACAACACUGAUUAUCAGACUUUUAGAAUGAAAUGGGGAGGUGAUCCUCGUUUUGAGGCUUUGGAACGCAAGGACCGGGAAGUUUUAUUGAAUGAGAGGGUCCUUCCAUUGAAGAGGGCUGCUGAGCAAAAGGCCCAAGCGAUACGUGAAGCUGCUGCCUCUACAUUUAAGUCCAUGCUACGGGAAAGGGUGGAUAUAAAUGUAAACUCCCGCUGGUCCAGGGUAAAGGACAGUCUAAGGAAUGACCUAAGAUAUAAAUCUGUUGGGCACGAAGAUAGGGAGGUUUUAUUCAAUGAGUACAUAUCUGAACUGAAAGCUAUUCAAGCGGAAGCGAACCGAGAGGCAAAAGCCAAAAGGGAGGAGCAGGAGAAACUAAAGGAAAGGGAGCGGGAACUGCGGAAACGUAAAGAACGAGAAGAACAAGAAAUGGAAAGAGUUAGACUGAAAGUUCGAAGAAAGGAGGCAGUAUCGUCUUAUAAAGCUUUGCUUGUGGAAACUGUCAAAGAUCCUCAGGCAUCUUGGACAGAUUCAAAGCCUAAACUGGAGAAGGAUCCUCAAGGACGUGCAACCAACCCUGACUUAGAUCCGUCUGAUACAGAGAAGCUCUUUCGUGAACAUAUAACGAUGCUGCAUGAGCGAUGUGUGCAUGACUUCAAAAUCAUGUUAGCUGAAGUCAUUACUUUGGAAGCGGCUGCCCAGGAGACAGAAGAGGGCAAAACAAUCCUCAACUCAUGGUCAACAGCUAAACGUCUUCUAAAGGUUGAUCCCAGGUAUAGUAAGAUUCCGAGAAAAGAGAGGGAACUUUUUUGGCGCCGAUAUGUUGAGGAUAUGUCCCGCAGGCAGAAAGCAGCACAUGAUCAGAAAGAAGAGAAGCAUACGAAUGGGAAAGGAAGAAGCUCCAUUGACUCCGGGAGACUUCCUUCGGGAUCAAGGAGAACCCAUGAGCAGAGGUAGCUUCUUUUGAUGGAGAAAAGUAGGCACUUCAAAAAAAUUUACUAAUUUUACUUUCCUAAAAAAAUUGGCCCAAGAUGGUAUAAUUUACAUGUUCCUGAAGAGGUGGAGAUUUUGAACAAUCUGUAGGACGACUAUAAAAGCUAAAUGAUUUGGUGACUGCCUCAUUCCUUUAUUUGUUUUUACCCUUUUAUGGCGUAGUCCUUUGAAA